GCUGUCUUUGCUUCAUCAUCUAAAGGAAAAUCCCCAGAUAAGGCAUAAAUCUCAUAGAGAGGACGGGGAAAAUAAGCAUGAUAAUUAUUUCACAGGAGACUUAUUCAUCAUCAUCAUGAUGAUGCAAUUGAAAAAAUAUGGCUACUGUUACAUUAGAGGGUUCUGUUUGCUGGAUGGAAGUGUCGAGUAGACAGAGCUACGAAAGGUUUCUGCACUGUAAGUGCCUUAUGAUGUCAUUGUGUAGAGAUAACUUCAUUGUUCUCGUGAUGAUCUCUCCCAGCUAGAUAUUGGUUUUAACCUUACAAAUCAUCUAUAGCUGUUUGUCAGCUACUUCCUGUGAAUCUGGUGCCAGCAUUUACAAAACGUGAGAAAAAAUAUUGAACUGAGCAAGAAGACUGCUGGAUGGGUAGCUUUUCCUAUCUAAUUAACACCAACAAAGAGGAUACUACAACCUAAAAUGUAUAAAAGAAUGCCAUUGUAUGAAAACAAAGUUUUUUACCAGUAGCAUGAAUGCUGGCCAGAAAUGCUACUGAGCAUGAAUAUUUUGCAGACAAAAGUGUACAAGUGGCAUAUAUUGGUUGAUAAUUGCAAUGUUCACCGAUAAUAGCUGCUUAUUCAUCUUUGUAUGCAUUGGAUUUUCUUAAGCUACAACUGGUUUUAUUGAAAGGAACUUCUUGGCUUGUUGGAGUUUUUAAACAGGCAAUUUCAUUAAUAACUCACAAAAUCAAAAGCAAUUUUACGUCAUGGCUUCGAUUGUUGCUCCAGUAAGAGACACAAAAUGGCUGACGUUAGAAGUAUGCAGGCAGUUUCAGAGAGGGACUUGUUCACGUUCUGAUGAGGAAUGUAGAUUUGCACAUCCAUCCAAAAGCUGCCAGGUUGAAAAUGGAAGAGUGAUUGCCUGCUUCGAUUCCCUAAAGGGCCGUUGUACGAGGGAGAACUGCAAAUAUCUUCAUCCACCAACACAUUUGAAAACUCAGCUAGAAAUUAAUGGUAGGAAUAACCUGAUCCAACAGAAAACCACAGCGGCAAUGCUUGCACAGCAGAUGCAAUUUAUGUUCCCAGGAGCACCUCUUCAACCAGUGCCAUCAUUUCCAGUAGGACCAACAAUAGGAUCUAACACAGCACUAAACUUUGCACCAUAUUUAACUCCUAUUACUUCUGGGGUUGGAUUAGUUCCUACAGAAAUUGUUCCCACACAACAUGUAAUUGUUCCGGGAAAUCCUCCUGUCACCGUCUCUGGAUCAGCUACAACACAGAAACUCCUCAGGACAGAUAAAUUGGAGGUUUGCAGGGAAUUCCAGCGAGGAAACUGUGCACGGGGAGAAACUGAUUGUCGCUUUGCACAUCCUGCUGACAGCACAAUGAUUGAUACAAAUGACAACACCGUAACUGUUUGUAUGGAUUACAUAAAAGGGCGCUGCCUGAGGGAGAAAUGCAAAUAUUUUCACCCUCCUGCUCACUUGCAGGCCAAAAUCAAAGCCGCUCAGCACCAAGCAAACCAGGCUGCAGUGGUGGCUCAGGCAGCUGCUGCAGCUGCUACCAUCAUGGCCUUUCCACCUGGUGUACUUCAUCCCUUACCAAAGAGACAAGCACUUGAGAAAAGCAAUGGUGCCAGUGCUGUUUUUAAUCCCAGUUUCUUGCACUACCAACAGGCCCUUGCUAGUUCACAGCUGCAGCAACAUGCAGCCUUUAUUCCAACAGAUAGUCCUGAAAUAGUGAACAGGAAUGGAAUGGAAUGUCACGAGGCCUUGUUGAGAAGAGCAAAGCAUUGUUACUGUACAUACAACCCUGUCUCUUCCUUAACAGAAUUGCCACAAACUGCAUGCUGAGUAAAGAGUUUGUUCAUCUGGACAAAACACACUUAAGAGCUAGUGCUGCUAUAUCAUAUAUGAAUAUUAAAUAUGGUAUGCUUAGUAUAUUCAAAACUAAUCUAGUUAACUACCUGAUGCCAGUUGUGAUGGUUCAAGACAUAAAAGGGUAAUAUUUUACAUUUAAAAGUUUUAUAUAACACUGUUUACUUCUUAGGAAUAUUGUCUUACUACCAUAAAAUAGUGAAUGUAAGUAGUCCCAUUCAUAUAUUGUAGAGUUCUCAAUUUUAUGACUCUUUCAAUGUUAGCAAUAAAUGAUUGACAUUGGCCACUAAAUCCAGGAUCCAAACAACAUGACUAGUUCCCCAUGAGUGCUGCAGCUUUGGCUGUAUGUUUCUCCAACCAUAACCCCACCCCCACCCACCCCCAGUUUGUACAGUGAACUUCUUUGGAAACUGGACUUCCAGAAGCAUUUUGUAAGCCUGCAAAGGAGAAUCUGGCUCCAGGGGCAUAGGUCAAGGAAGUAAAAGAAAUUA